AUGAAUACUAAUCUCUUUAGCCCUUCCCCACUACUCCAUUUGAGUUGUGUCCUCGUGAUAGCAGCCGCCUUUGUCGUCAUUGCCGUUUAUGUCAUUAGAUUUGCCAUCACCCUUCUUCUGUACUAUAAAGGAUGGCUUUUCGAAUCAGUUGGAGGAAAGCCGUCAACCCAGACCCAACUAUUCAUGGCGAUUAUGCAGGUGCUAUCGAGAAGAGCCCGAUUCUUUUCGUUUCAAGGUCUUUUACCAUGGAUGCCUCCUCCAUCAGUCAAGAAUACAGUAAGAACGUACCUGAAGACCGUUCGCCCACUUCUCAACGACACCGAAUUCGAAAAGAUGACAUCCCAAGCAGAGGAGUUCGAGAAGACAGUGUCGAAAGAUAUCCAGCGGAAACUUUGGCUGAAAUGGCUCAUUUCCAAAAACUAUCUCUCCGAUUGGUGGAAGGAAGUGGUGUACAUGCGCCAUCGUGGCUCUCUAAUUCACACUAAUGUGGCAUGUGCCGAUGUCAUCUACACGCCAACCACCACCAACCAAGCCGCUCGAGCUGCUUAUGUGACACUGAAUCGGCAGUACUUUUGUAGAGAUAUUUUCUCAAAGAACACAAUGAAACCGAUAUCAAUGGGUCCAAUACCACUGUGUGCUACACAGUACAUCGACUAUCACCGUUCGUUACGAGUUCCUCGAGAAACAAGCGAUGUGAUGAUUCGACUUCCUGAUGCUCGACAUAUUGCUGUAUACUCUAAGAAAUGUUGGUAUAAAGUCAACAUUUUCCAUGGCAAACGAAUGAUUCGACCAGCAGAAUUACAGCGGUCACUUCAACAGAUUCUGGAUCAAAACGAUGUACCCCAUGAAGGAGAGGAACACUUAUCAGCUCUGACUGCUGGCUCCCGCGACCUUUGGGCACGAAUUCGAGACAGCAAAUUUUCAGAAGGAGUCAAUAAGGAGUCACUAUCGAUGAUCGAGAACGCUCUAGAAAUCGUCUUCUUGGAUGAUGGUGAAACCGGAUAUGAUCAGGAUGACCCAAAGGUGUACGAUCGUGAAUACCAACUGGCAUUGACUGGAGACGGCUAUAAGCUAUGGUGUGAUAAACCGAGUGUGUACACUUUUACCAGGAAUGGCAGGUUCAUAUCGAAUGCUGAACACUCUGUGGUUGAUGCGAUGAUUUAUGUACACGUACGUGAAUAUCUAAAGUACCAUGAGGCUUUUACCAAGCCAUACGGACCAGAUGGUAAUUGCGUAGGUGACAUUCAAGUGGUACCGAAACCCGAGCGACUUCGAUGGAAUCUGGAUGGCGAGACCGUGAACGCAAUAAAGGAAGCCUACACGUUCUCCAAGGGAGUCGCGGACGAUUUCGAGAAUGCGCACUGCGUUUUCCGUGACUAUGGCAAAGAUUUCAUGAAAAAGAUUGGUGUUUCUCCGGAUGCAUACCUACAAAUGGCAUUACAAAUGGCAUAUUACAAGGAUCAAGGCAAAUUCGAACUCACCUAUGAGCCGACAGUGAUGCGGUUGUUCCGCGAUGGACGGACGGAAACAGUGCGGAGCUGUAGCACACAUUCAUGCGAUUUUGUUAACUCUAUGCUUGACGAGAACAAGGACGAUCAGACACGAUUAUUACUACUACGAAAGGCAUGCGAUUCGCAUCAGACGUAUUACCGUAACGCAAUGGCUGGUUACGGUGUCGACCGACAUUUGUUCGGAAUGUAUGUGGUGUCUAAAUACUAUGGUAUACAAUCACCAUUUUUGGACAACGUGUUUAGCAUGAGUUACGCACUCUCUACCAGUCAGACCCCUCAGCAUCAAAUGAGCGAAUACAUGAAAGCACUUAACAAAGAACGUGAUCUGUUCUGGCCUGCUGGGGCAUUCAGUUGUCCUGAAGGAUCGAAUUACGGAGUCUGCUACACAAUCGGUGCCACAGGUGACAUCAUGAGUUUCCAUGUGACUUCCUGGAAAUCGCUGCCCCAUACGGAUGCACGUCGAUUCUGUGACACACUCCGUGAAUGUUUACGGGAAAUGAAAACGAUGGUUGAUCGAGCGGUCAGCUGA